AUGGAAGCUCUCAACGCCGCCGGCCGAAGGGUAUCCCUCCUAAACGACGACGGCCCUCACCAACCGUCGUCCUACUCCGUGGGCCACGCCUAUGCCACCCCUCCCUCGGGUGCCUCGUCGCCCACCAGCCCCCAGCUCUGGCGCUCUGGCUCCUACGACUCGCAAGUGAGCGGCAGCGACGCCGUGUCCCCGUUGACACCGGCCCUCGACUACACAUACACCUCAUCACAGCCGUCCAGCCGCGCCUCCAACACCAAGCGCCCGCUGCAAUAUACCAGCAGCCGCUCCACCUCCAACGAGGAUGACGUUGCCGUCGCCGCCGAGGACCGCCCCGCCAAGCGCUAUCCGUGCCGCUUCCGCGACUCCCACGGCUGCGAAAAGACAUUCACCACCUCGGGCCACGCCUCCCGCCACUCCAAGAUUCACACCGCUGAAAAGGCUGUCCAGUGCACCUUUUCCGGCUGCCAGAAGAAGUUUACCCGCGCCGACAACAUGAAGCAGCACCUCGAGACGCACUACAAGGACAAGUCCCGCAGCGCCGGCGGCCACCGCUCCGCCGCCGCCGCCCACCACAAGGCCGCCGUCGAGCAUCGUCGCCCGUCCGCCGCGACUGCGCGCAGCCGCUCCUCCUCGUCUCUCGGCGGGCCUGAGUUAGACGUCCGCCAGUACGCGCUGCCCACGCCGCCCCCAUUGCGCUCGCCCGCCGUCAUGGCAAGCGGUGGCCGCUCGGCCUGGGAGCUGACGGGCACGUCGUUGCCCCUGCACAACCGCCCAUCUGCGAUACACGCCCCCAAGAGCGGCCUCGACGCGCUCGCCAUGGCUGUUGCCUGCCAAGAAAGCUCAUGA